AUGGCAGAAAGAAAGAUCACUUUCAUUAAAGACUUGGACAAUAUGAAGGAUGAUUACACACUAAAAGUGUCUAUCAUCCGGCUGUGGAAAUCGCUUUCAGAUGAUAUUAUUGGUGAAGUUGUUUCAUUAGGAAAGUUUGAUUCCCAUGAUGUCAGCAAAUCUCUACAUAGGCUGCCUUUACAAAUCAGAAACUUAGAAGGUUUGCAGGUUAACGUUACAUUGUUUGGAGAUAUUGCAUACCAGUUAAUUUCUUAUCUUGAAGCUCAUAAACAAGUUGGUCGUGUGAUUGUCCUUUUGCAAUUUGCAAGAAUUAAUGUCUAUAACGCAACACCUUCUAUUAACAGUUAUUAUGAACAAACACGGAUGUUCAUAAAUGCUAAUCUUCCCGAAAUUGUUACCUUCACAGAUAGAUUACGAGGACUUCAAAACCCUUCUACUUCUUUGACUGUUGAAAGCUCUAAAUCAUAUUCGGAAUCUGAUGACUUUUUGAAUAAUUACAAAGUUAAAAAUGUUGUCGAUUUGAUAGAACCACAAGAGGUUGGCCAAUAUAUCAUUGUCGGGACCAUUUAUGGUAUUCGCCAAGAUAUUGAUUGGUAUAAAAUACCUAUUCAUGUGCAAGAUGAUUCUGGAACAAUCACUCUAACUCUCUUUGAUAGAGAUGCUUAUAGACUUGUCAAAAAACGCGCACGUGAUCUUAUAGAUCAAAUCAAACAGGCUGGGGAUAAUCCAAGAUUAUAUCCUUAUGACCUCAAAUGUCUGGAGCAUAAAAAGAUGGCUUUUAAGAUAGAUGUUAAUAGUUUUAACGUAUCCAAUAACUACAAUCGGUUUGGGAUACUUGGCUAUACGGUUGAUAGUAACGUUAUCGAUGUUUUGGAAAAAAAGUUAGCUGUCGAGACAGGUAGUCCUGCAAAUGAUGAUGAUACAGAAAUCGCAUCUCAUGAAGUAUCCCACGAAACGAAGUCAUUAAAGGAUGCGAUAUCGCAAACAGGUGAUAAUUUGACCCCAACAAUGCCUGACAAAUUUGAAGCUACAAGUCUGUUCAAGUAUAAUUCCCCAACAAUAGUAAAAAAACGAAAUGUUGGAGAUACCAUUGAUGUUGAUGAUUAUGAUAAUGUGAAUUCGUCCACCAAGGUCCCUCGAUUGAAUUCCAAAGUUGAUGGCAACACAGGUCUAUUAAUACCAAAGCUUGAAAAGUAA